GGGAAAAUAAAUGCCAGAACAUACAACAUGAAAAAAAGGAAAGGAAAUGAAUUCAAAAUACCAGGCUUGCCUGUUUUUCCUAGUCCUAGUCGUUUUUUUUUAAUUUUGGUGGUAUUUCAAUGGCUUUUGGGGGUUGGCAUUUCGAUGAUUUUUGGGCAUUAUAAGACAUUUCAAUGAUGCAAAUUAGAGACGUUUUUAAUCAUCCAAUAGGUUCAAAACACAAGGCAGAAGUAAAUAAACGUUCACUUUCUGUUGAAGAAGGGGAUCAUUUGACGUUGCUAAAUAUUUUUGAGUUGUUUAUUGAGAAUGGACGUUCCCAAAAUUGGUGUCAACAAAAUUUUUUAAAUUACAAGGCUUUAUGUAGAGCUGAAUUUAUUAGACAACAAUUUAUUGGAUUUUUAAAGAAUGCUAAUUUAAAAAUAAAUUCUUGUAAAGGGACGAUAGGAGAAACAGCAAAAAUCCGUCGAGCACUUUUGAGUGGAUUCUUCUCACAGGUUGCUUAUUACGAUCAUAGAGGUUUAUAUGUAACACUAAAAGGUGAACAUGCAUUUAAAAUAUAUAAAGGAUCUGUGUUGAUGUAUAGAAAAGAAUAUCCUAAAUGGGUCCUAUUUACUGAUGUAAUGCAAAGUUCAAUAAAAGAUUUGAGUGAAAUUGACCCAAAAUGGCUUGAACAAAUAGCCCCACAUUAUUAUGAAUUUGGAUCGGAUUUGCAAGGAACAAAAAGAAGAAAAAUUGACGAUAAUAAUUUUGCAGAGGGAAGAAUGGCUAAUUUAAAUUGAACUUGUUGUUUUGACUGAGAAAGGACAAGAAAGGAAG